CAAAGGCACAGCCCCAUCACUACCACCAAGGGCCCCUGCGGAUGACAGAGGCCAAAGGUACACGUGCCCCUAGGGGUGACUCUGAGCUCGGGGAGGGAAGGAUGCCAGAGCCCAGGGCAAAAACCAAGAAGUCGCAGAAGACUGACUGCAGCACUCACGGAGACUGAUACACUGUGGUACAAUCGAAUGUAAUGAACUUCUCCAUUAGUGGCAAUACAGUGAUCCUGAAAAAUUCAGAGGGAUCUACGAGAAAGAACACUCCACAUUCAGAGGGAAAACUGUGGUUGCCGAAACACAGAAGAAAAACAACUGCUUGAUUACGAGUUGAUGGGGAUAUGAUUGGGGAUGUAGACUCCAAAUGACCAUCCUAGUGUAAACAUUAACAGCAUGAAAAAAGUUUUUGACCAAAGACACAUGUAAAACCCAGUGGAAUUAGCUUUUCCAAUCUCUACCAUAACCUUCAACACUGCACUGAUACUUAAAGGGGAAGCAACCUAAGGAUUAAGGAAAGGAGGAGAGAGUUGAUGACAGAGAGAUUAAAACAAAUUUAGAAGAAGCCAACCACAUAGAAAAACAGAAAGGUUGCUUUCUCUUUCUAGAAGCCAUGGAAGGCAAAAUGUCUUACCCAGCCAUAUCUCAACUGCCACCAUCAGUUUCUGCCCACUACAAUGUAAUAAUAUUCCCAAGACCAGAGGAUUUUCAUUCUGCCUCUCUCUCUUCAUGCAUAUCAGAAGCCUGCAUUUCCAUAAUUGGUUGGGGUAUGCUGUAUGCUUCCCCUUAGAUGAAAAUCUUCAUUCCCAGCCCAGAAUGAUAGUGUCCUGAGCCCUAACAGGAUUGUGGUAGUCCUGAUUUCUUGGUUUGGCUGCUCUGUAGUGUCUACACCCCACAGAAGAGAUGGAGAUAAGUGUAUUUGUCCUACUGGCCAUCUUUACUGAGACAUGGGCAGGCUCGUGUACCCCAAAUAAAGCAGAUGUUAUUCUUGUGUUCUGCUAUCCUAAAACCAUCAUCACAAAAAUACCAGAGUGUCCCUAUGGAUGGGAAGUGCACCAGCUGGCUCUUGGAGGGGUUUGUUACAAUGGGGUCCAUGAGGCAGGUUACUACCAGUUCAUAAUCCCUGACCUAUCACCUAAAAACAAGUCCUAUUGUGGAACCCAGUCUGAGUACAAGCCCCCUAUCUACCAUUUCUUCAGCCACAUUGUUUCCAACGACAGCACAGUCAUUGUGAAGAGUCAACCAGUGAAUUACUCCUUCUCUUGUACGUACCAUUCAACCUACUUGGUUAACCAGGCUGCCUUUGAUCAGAGAGUGGCCACAGUACAUGUCAAGAAUGGGAGUAUGGGCUCCUUUGAAAGCCAGUUGUCUCUGAACUUCUAUACUAAUGCCAAGUUCUCCACUAAAAGAGAAGCUCCCUUUGUGUUGGAAACCUCAGAAAUUGGAUCAGAUUUGUUUGCAGGUGUGGAAGCCAAAGGGUUAAGUAUUAGGUUUAAGGUAGUCCUGAACAGUUGCUGGGCCACACCAUCAGCGGACUUCAUGUAUCCCAUGCAAUGGCAGCUAAUUGGUAAAGGAUGUCCCACUGAUGAAACUGUUCUGGUGCAUGAAAAUGGCAAGGACCACCGGGCAACGUUUCAGUUCAAUGCUUUCCGCUUCCAGAACGUGCCUAAACUGUCCAAGGUUUGGCUGCACUGUGAGACAUUCAUCUGUGACAGUGAAAAGUUUUCCUGCCCAGUGACCUGUGACAAACGGAAGCGCUUCCAUGAAGAGACUGGAGGGGUAUUAGUUGUGGAAUUUUCCAUCCGUAGCCGAGGCUUCUCCAAUCAUUAUACUUUCUCAGAGAUUCUCUACCACCUGGUCUUCAUGCUUGGCUUGUGUGCUGUGAUAGGAGACCACACAGCAGCUGUGGCCCCUUGACCCAAAGUCACCCUUUGCUUGAUGACAUACUCAUGUUCAUGUCUGCUGCCAAAAGCAACAAAAUAUUCUUUCAUCAGGAAAGUGAAUAAAACUUGGCUAAGUUUUUGUUUCAGUAAUUUUUCUGUUUCCCCAAUUUUGGAGGGUUUUUGUUUGUUUAAUUGCUGUUCCCCAAAUUUGAUCUGUUGCUAUUUCUUGGAAUUGAAAGGGGCUUUCCUAUUCAUUCACUUCCUCUUCCUUUAACUGGGUGAAACCUUUUUUCUCCUUCCAAAUUUAAAAGUCAAGGGCUGCCAUGAAGUCCUUUGAAAACUAUGCUAAAGAUAACAGUGUACUGGGCAAACAAAGCUGACCUUUUGAAGGGGAGUUGAGGGCCAUUCAUUUUGAGCCAAUCCUGGCGCAGGAUGCCUAAGAAAGGUCAGCUCUUCAGAUAAGCAUGAUUCUGUUGAUGCAGAGCUGCCAGGCUCAAGCUUUCAACCCAUAAAAUAAAUGUGUGGCAAGAAGGUAUAAAAGCUAGCUGGCAAUAUAGGGAAAACCAGAGACCUCCUGCCUUUUCUCAGCCUGAUGGUAUCUGACCACUCAAAGAGACUUCCAGCACCAUCAAGGAAUGGCUCUUUUUAUUAUACUAAAGCAAUAUAGCACCUAACAUAGUUGACUCUCAAUACUAAUUUGCUGAUCAAGAAUGUAACAGAAAUAGGAAUACUUAACUGCACACUUGUAUAUACAAACUGCUUUCAACAUUCCUCGACUCAUUUGUCACUCACACACACACACACACACACACACCCUCCAAAAACAAAUGAACAGUUGCUGAUUCAAAGAUGGGAAUUUAUUGUAGUGAUUGUAUAAGGAAGCCAGCCUUCAGUUGAAACCACAGUGCUCAAACCCACUUGGGAAGUCUCAUCUCCAACAGUUCCACCUUUUAGUAGUAAGAAACACAGGAGAAAAGUAUUCUAUUCUAAUCAGAAACCUCUUGGCUAGUAAAUAGUAAAUUUAUGUUCACAUUGCUGUGACUAUAAAUCUUUGGCCAACAGAGCAAAUCAAUGUCUAUGUUUGGUCUGGUUUAUUUUAUUAUCAAAUUUUAUAAUACUUGUAUAUCUAUCUGCCUGGUGCUAUGUAAUAAAAGUUUCCUAAAAACAAAUAA